GUAUCAAGGCAACAUCAUUGGGAAAAAAGAAGAGAAAAGAAAAGAAAGGGAAAGAAAAGAAAAGAAACGAAACACCCCACGAAGAGACAGAAAGAGACGUUUACGGAUCAAAUUAGAUGAAUUGAAACCUACAGCUUUGUGAUGAUCCAAUUUCAUGAUUACGAUUCCUCAUUAAGCCCAUUACUACCCACUAGGAGGGGUUCAUCUCUCUCUCUCUCCCUCCUCAAGAAUCCGCAAAACAUGGACAAAACAGAGCACCGUAAAAUAGAAAGAACAUCUCUCAGUACUCCCUAAUGGUCUACGUCUCUCUUUAAAUGCGAAUAUGGGACUCUCCCAAUUCAUAACCGAUGCUACUCCCUCUAUUUGUAGUUUAAUUUAUUUUUUCAUAUUCGCAGAUUCACUCUUGUUCUACUCACUUCCCUCAAAACAAUCUCUUCUCUUUUCUUCUAUUCUCAGCACCCAAACCAGCGCCUUCCCAGCUUUCUACCGUCCGUUUCCGAGGCAUACUUUCUGCUAUUGCUAUGAAGAGUGAUUGGUGAAGAUUCUAGUGAUAAUUGGAAACUAAAAAUGAAAAUGUCCCCAGCAAGCAAGGUUGAUAAGGGUGCUGUUGAUGUGGCCUGCUGGACGUUCAAUGUUGUUACUUCUGUUGGAAUAAUCAUGGUCAACAAAGCCUUAAUGGCUACAUAUGGUUUCGGUUUUGCUACAACUUUGACUGGUCUGCAUUUUGCUACAACAACCUUGAUGACUGCUGUUCUUAAGUGGCUGGGAUAUAUCCAGGAUUCUCAUCUACCAUUUUUUGAUCUUCUUAAAAUUGUUUUUUUUGGAAACUUCUCUAUUGUCGGGAUGAAUGUGAGUUUGAUGUGGAACUCUGUUGGGUUCUAUCAGAUUGCAAAGUUGAGUAUGAUUCCAGUAUCUUGUUUCCUGGAAGUUGUCUUGGACAAGAUGCGGUACUCUACAGAUACCAAACUUAGCAUAAUUUUAGUUUUGAUGGGUGUUGCAGUCUGUACUGUUACUGAUGUGAGUGUCAAUGCCAAAGGUUUCAUUGCUGCAGUUGUGGCAGUUUGGAGCACUUCUCUCCAGCAGUAUUACGUUCAUUUUCUUCAACGAAAGUAUUCACUAGGAUCUUUCAACUUGUUGGGGCACACUGCUCCGGCACAGGCUGCAUCUUUGCUGUUGUUAGGGCCCUUUAUGGACUAUUGGUUGACAAGUAAUAGAGUUGAUGCCUACCACUAUAGCUUAACAUCUUCGCUAUUUAUAGUUCUGUCCUGCACCAUUGCAAUUGGGACCAAUCUCAGUCAAUUCAUCUGCAUUGGAAGAUUUACAGCGGUGUCCUUUCAGGUUCUUGGCCACAUGAAGACAGUUCUUGUCCUGAUCUUGGGAUUUUUUUUCUUUGGGAAGGAGGGUCUUAAUUUGCAAGUUAUUUUAGGUAUGGUAAUUGCUGUUGUGGGAAUGAUCUGGUACGGCAAUGCCUCGUCGAAGCCCGGAGGAAGGGAGCGAUGUAUCCAAGCAGUCCCAAGCAGCAAACCACUGAAACAAGAUGGACUAUUGGAAUCUACUGAGCACGAUGAGAAGGUCUAGGCUUCACCGAAGGGGGAGCAAAAGAGGAAAAAUGGAGAGGGCAAGACAGAUUUUCUUUUCUUUUCUUUACUUGUGUUUUUUUUGGGGGCAUGGUGUCCGGGGGAUGAGAGGAAAGAAAAUUCAGUCUUCAUUUUCAGAUGUUUCCAGGAGUUUGCAUCUGAAACGUUUGAUGUCUUAAAUGCUGAAAAACUAGGUUCAUUGCUUCAAAUAAUUUUUGGGUCAUAGUUUUCCAUUUUCUCGUUCUUGAAAUUAUUCAAGGGAAUGAAAAUACUCUUGAGAGAGGAUGAAUCUCCAUAAUUCCAUUAUCGCUCUUCAUCACAA